GUACGGUCUUUGGAGUCGUUUUAUGUGGUGCGGUUGCCUGUGUGGGACCACGAGCAAGAGGCCAGGACGCACGUAGACUUUCCAAUGAACCUGCCACACGAGCAAGUGGCGGCGAGCUUUGCUGAGGACCCACGGCAGUUUGACCCCAUAAACUUUGAUGCUGAUACGCUACCGCCUGAAUUCUCAGAACACUCGGUGGUGCGCGACGCACCUGGCGGUCGAGCUUUCCCCGUGGGCUUCUACAGUGACGCGGUGCCCCACACACGCAGUGAUUCCUUCAUUGCGUACUACCUCAGCAACGGCCUCAAUGGUCGUCGUUCUCUGCUCUGUUCGCUCCGUAAGAGCGACCUCUGCAAGUGCGGCUGUAAGGGGUUCUGCACGCUAGGCCAGGUGAUGCGGGUCCUGACGUGGAGCUUUUGCGCUCUCGCGUCGGGCCUGUAUCCCGCCACGAACCACGAGAACGGCCCCCUAGACCACAGCAGGUGCGCCCUGCGAGGCACCGAGAUAUGCAGUGGGUGGAGAGGCGCCUUAUGUGAGAUAAGGGCCGAUCUGCUCGAAAUUACCUCGUCGCUCGGAUUUCGCAACUGGCAGAAUCCAGUAAACCCCUGUUUCGUGUGUUCGUGCAUUAAGAGAGACCUGUACUCGUUUCCAGCCACAGUCGCUCAAUCGGUAUGGUUCCCGAGAGAUAAGGACGCCUACAGAGCCAUGGUUCGGCUCGCACUGAAGACCGUUACUGUGGCGACGCCACAAAUGUUGACAGGGCUCUUGCGCUGCGCGAGAUUCGAUGACGACUACGGCGGAUAUGCAGUAUUCCAGCAGUACGCCCCUCUCGGUUUGAAGGCAGGAUAUCGAUUGAUCGAAUCUGGUCAGGUACGAGAUUUGCAUGCGUUGCAUGAACUUGUGCUCCCAGCAAGGCUCCAAUUCUUCGACUCGGGCAAUUCCUUCGGAUUGAACCUGUUGUGCUCCCUGUUCACAGUGCCAGGGGUGACGGUGGAGUGCAUCCACUUGGACGCAAUGCAUAUACUGGACCUGGGGGUCAGCCAAUAUCUCAUUGGCAUGAUCCUGUGCCUGCUCCUGACCAACAACUUCAGCCAGUCUCAGAAGUCCACCAAGAAGUUAAGGAUGCACGACGGUCUACUGCACCUUCGCCGCAGGAUCCGCGCCUACUACCUAGCAAACCCGCAGGUCACCUCGAAAAUCGACAAGAUCAGCCUGAAAAUGUUCAUGCCGUCGAAGGAGACGGCUCACCCCAGGCUGCGCGCCAAAGCCGCCGAAACGCGGUGGCUAGUCCCGCUGAUGCCUUUGCUGUGUCGCGAGUCGUACAGGCACCUUGGUCCGCACAAGGCCAAGCUUUUCAAG